GUUACUUUCAGUUGAAGUUGAAACAAGUUGAAAUACGGAAUUAAAUCGCACAAGUACAUAAUAAUUUAUCGAACAUGCUGCUGAAAUACGAAGAAUUAAAACACAUUUUAGAUCCGUCCAUAAAAAUCAGUAAUUUUCGUUUGUCGUACGUGAAUCGAAUCUUUCCAGAAUUAAAAAAUACACCCUGCAUUAUUUUACACAAGGAAACACAUCUCUGCGAUUCUCCUAGUGAUCAAUUUAUAUAUACUGCAAACGAUGAAACGAGUCAACUUGAUCUCACUGGAUCUCCUUUGAAAUAUUCGUUUGGAGAAGUCGAUUUCGAUGACAGUACAGUAACUUUAUUAAAACAGAAUUGGUGUAAAGAUGAAGAAAAAUAUUUACCAUUGAGCAGAACAGAAGCUUGUGCUGCUUUGAAUGAAUGCAUUCGAUUUUUAAACAACACAUUCCCUCCAAUAUUUGCACUCUGCGAUGAGAAGGAUAAAAAGAGAAGUAGACUGUUGGGCACGAUAAUUGAAGGAGAAUGGUUUACGACAAUAGAAGUUUAUUCGGAUGGUAUUGAAACCAUUGAAAACGUCAAAAAAUCUUCAAACUUCUUUCAACAACAUUUGGAACUUUCACAUGCAUGUGAACAAGAUAUUAAUAUCUCUGCGUUCAACACUUUUAAUUUAUUUGGAACAAAAGAAGAAACGUUUGAGUGGAAUGAUAAUAAGGAAAACAACUUUCAAGGAAGUCUAAGUGUAGAAGUAGAUACUUGUACUUUAUCGUUGCACUCACCUACAAGCUCAUCUAAAAAUAAUUUGGUUGUCCAAGUUGUUACUAAUUCAGAUAAGAAUGGUUUGAGCGAAUUAUGGAAACAAUUACUGAUGCUGAAUCAAUACCUCGAUAUAAUAGAAAAUUACAGAAAAAAUGCACAUUUUCGACAUUCUUCGAAACCUUUGGAAUUUUCGAAGGACUUUAUUAGUCCGUACAAGGAGGAUCAUGAUAAUGUACUGAACAAUAUAAAUCUCUUAUUGAAUGGAGAUUACGGUUAUCGAGAGAAAAAGGGAUCAAACGAACAUUUUUUAAAUGGAGAAGAAGUAGAUACUGAUAUAAGAAUUUACCAGUACAUAGAGAAUCUUCCAUUCAGGAGCAAUUUAGAUUUUACAGAUUUUUUAUGGGAAUUACUUAUAAAGAAUUCAAGUUAUUUUGAAAUGAUAGAAUGUAUGCACACAGUAUUUGAGAAUAUUAUAAUGAACGGAUACUUACCACAGAUUAAUUUUACCAAUUCAACGAGAUUUGCUAAGAUGAUUGCCAAUCAACAUCAAGAAAACAUCAUUUCAAAUUUAUUAUCUGGCAGUUUACCGUUAGAGUAUGUUAUAGAUAUGGGUUUUGAAAAAUUGUGUAAGGAUUAUAUGUACGUUCUAAUCAGUACAAGAUUUGGUGAACUGCACAAUAUCCAGAAGGAAUUGAAAAAUAUGACUUGUAAUGAAUUUAGUGUCGAUACUUAUCGGAAUAAAUUGAUAUAUUUGGCACAAAUUCAUAUAUGCUUGGAAUUCAUGUUACUGUUACAAGAUAAUUUGGAAUGUUCCAACGAUGAUCUAAGAGCUUUAUUUUAUUGUGCUUUUAAACAGUAUGUUGGUGAGAAAUCGCCUCUAAAAGAUCAUCAGGAUUUACAUAAGAAUAGAAUUUAUACUUUGACAGCUUCUCUUCCUAUCACAGCAGUUGACAAUUUAAAUAAAGAGAUGCCAAAUACACGAAGAAUUUCACUUUCAUCUCAAUCUCAAUUGUCAAAAUUGACAACAAUUCGGUAUUAUAGUCAUUCACCUAUCUUUCCAACAAAUAUAUAUCCAUUAGAUCAAUCAAACCUAACAAACGAAGGAUACCAUGCUAUAACUGCGAUUUGCUCAUCAAAUAAAUUUAGGAUACAAAAAUAAAAGAAAGAUAUAGUUUAUAGAUUUUAAUUAUAGUUUUGAUAA